UGGUCUGAGAAUGGGGAACUCAAGUUGCCUUUAGGAAUGGCUGCAAAGCCCACACCUGGAAAUCUCCCCUCCCUGCUCCUCCACGGCAGGUUGCAUUUGGGAGACUCUAUGAUCAUUAGAGGAGAGAGACGGGAGUGAGCCAUUCACCAGCUCGCCAGCACUUGGGAGAAAGCAGCAGGAUGGAUGUGGUGGACAGCCUUCUUAUGAAUGGGAGCAACAUCACUCCCCCCUGUGAACUCGGGCUGGAAAACGAGACGCUUUUCUGCCUGGAUCAACCUCAACCUUCAAAAGAGUGGCAGUCUGCAGUGCAGAUUCUCCUGUACUCCUUCAUAUUCCUUCUCAGUGUGCUGGGGAACACACUAGUUAUCACGGUGCUGAUUCGGAACAAGAGGAUGCGGACUGUCACCAACAUCUUCCUGCUCUCCCUGGCUGUCAGUGACCUCAUGCUUUGCCUCUUCUGCAUGCCGUUCAACCUCAUCCCCAACCUGCUCAAGGAUUUCAUCUUUGGAAGCGCUGUGUGCAAGACUACCACCUACUUUAUGGGCACUUCCGUGAGUGUUUCCACCUUCAACCUGGUGGCCAUCUCUCUGGAGAGAUAUGGGGCCAUCUGCAGACCCCUACAGUCCCGAGUCUGGCAAACCAAGUCCCAUGCUUUGAAGGUCAUCGCUGCCACCUGGUGCCUCUCCUUUACCAUCAUGACUCCGUACCCCAUUUACAGCAACUUGGUGCCUUUUACUAAAAAUAAUAACCAGACGGCGAACAUGUGCCGCUUCCUGCUGCCAAGUGACGCCAUGCAGCAGUCCUGGCAAACAUUCCUGCUACUCAUCCUAUUUCUUAUUCCUGGGAUUGUGAUGGUGGUGGCCUAUGGAUUGAUCUCUCUGGAACUCUAUCAAGGAAUCAAAUUUGAGGCCAGCCAGAAGAAAUCUGCUAAAGAAAAGAGGCUGAGCGGCAGCAGCAGCAGUGGUCGAUACGAGGAUAGUGAUGGCUGUUACUUGCAGAAAUCCAGGCCUCCGAGGAAGCUGGAGCUGCAGCAGCUAUCUACCAGCAGCAGUGGUGGCAGAGUCAACCGGAUCAGGAGCAGCAGUUCUGCUGCCAACCUGAUCGCCAAGAAGCGCGUGAUCCGCAUGCUCAUUGUCAUUGUGGUCCUCUUCUUCCUGUGCUGGAUGCCCAUCUUCAGUGCCAAUGCCUGGCGGGCAUAUGACACGGUUUCUGCAGAGAAACACCUCUCAGGGACCCCCAUCUCCUUCAUCCUCCUCCUCUCCUACACCUCCUCCUGUGUUAACCCCAUCAUCUAUUGCUUCAUGAACAAACGCUUUCGCUUGGGCUUCAUGGCCACCUUCCCUUGUUGCCCGAAUCCUGGUCCCCCAGGGGUGAGAGGAGAGGUGGGAGAGGAGGAGGAUGGGAGAACCAUAAGGGCAUCACUGUCCAGGUAUUCUUAUAGCCACAUGAGUACCUCUGCCCCACCCCCCUGAACUGUACCUGGUCCACUGCAGCAGCAGGAAGGAGGGGACCGGGAGCAAGGAGGAAGAGGAAGUAGGAGGGAAGGAGAAGGGAGACCCAUUUCUCAUGAGGAUUCUUCAAUGUCUGCUUCUCACCCUUCACAAAGUUCUAGAAGGAACUUAAGGUGGGGUCAUGAAAAUACAUUUUCCAUAAUGUUUACCAUGGAAGAAACC